UGAGAGAGUACAAUAUUUUCACUUCACUUUCACAAUCCACUGGGGUCACUGGGAGGACCAAAUGGAGGAUCAAACAUCACCCUCUUGACUCUUUGUCAACCAGAAAGGUUUAUGGGGUUUUUGACAUUUAGUGGAGUGUGGUGGAGAAUUGGUAGUGGACCCACAUGGGAGAAAGAAAAGCACAAAGCUUUGAGCUUCAAUUCAAUUUUCUUCUAUACUAAACCUUCACAAUUGGGUCUGGGUACUGAUUCCUUCUAUCUUCAGAAUCUGUCUUUUUUGGUGGGCUUUAAGGAAAGGUAGAGAUUAAAGUACCCUCUGAUCAAAGCCCCCCAAAAGCUUCAGCCUUCAACUGUUUCCAAUUUUCUAUUUACCCUUUUGAAAAUUGGACCUGAGUUUUGAGUAGGAUUCAAGUACCCUUCCCAUCACACUUGGUCUCUUUUUUUCUCUUUUAUCUUUUUACUAAAAUGGUUAUAUGACUCUGUUCAAAGAAAGGUUGAGCGAUUUGCAGGGCUGAAAGCUAUUGAAGGGUAUGGUGGGGAAUAUCAUUUUGGGUCCUCUUAGUCUCCUAUGGUGACUAUGCAUCUUGGGAAUUGGGAACUUUAUCUGAUCUGGGAUUCAUCAUAUUCUACUGUCUUUUUAGAUUCUUAAUCUGUUUCAGGAACAGUUUGCCAGCUCACUGGCAGAUAACAUUUCUUGUUAUGGGUUGGCUGACUAAGAUUCUCAAAGGUUCUAGCUAUAAAGGGCACUCUCAUCGGAAAUAUGGGCAUGAUAGAACAUGGGACAAACCUCGUGAUUCAGUGGAAGAGGAUGUAGAAUUUGCUAAGGCAUUGUCCCUUUCCGAACUAGAUCAAAAAGGAAAAAGUGUAAUCGAAGAUGAAUCUGAAUCAGAGGAUGAUGAACAAUUUGCUAAAGUUGAAUCAGACAGUGAUGAACAACCUACCAGAUUUCAGUCAGACGAUGAUGAGAAAUCUGCCAAAGUUCAGUCAGACGAUGAUGAAAAACCUGCCAAAUUUCAAAAUGAGGAAGAUGAACAAAGUGCUAAAGUUCAAUUGGAGGAAGAUGAACAACUUGCAAGGGCUCUUCAAGAAAGUUUGAACAUGGGUUCUCCUCCUCGGUAUGAUAAUGGCAGUAUAUUUCAACCUUUUCCAUUCUUCAUGCCAGCUGGGUACAGUAGGAUAUGUGCUGGCUGCAAGUUGGAGAUUGGCCAUGGGCGAUAUUUGAGUUGCAUGGGUGCUGUUUGGCAUCCAGAAUGUUUUCGUUGCCGUGCUUGCAAUCUUCCAAUUACUGAUUAUGAGUAUUCUAUGUCUGGGAAUCACCCUUACCACAAAUCCUGCUAUAAGGAGCAGCAUCACCCAAGAUGUGAUGUUUGUAAGAAUUUUAUCCCAACAAAUUCAGCUGGUCUUAUUGAGUAUAGGGCACAUCCUUUCUGGCUACAAAAGUACUGCCCCUCUCAUGAACGUGAUAGGACUCCUCGGUGUUGUAGCUGUGAAAGAAUGGAGCCAAGGGACACAAGAUAUUUGUUACUUGAUGAUGGUCGGAAGCUAUGUCUGGAGUGUCUAGACUCAGCAAUUAUGGAUACACACGAAUGCCAACCCCUUUAUCUUGAAAUACAAGAUUUUUACGAAGGUUUAAACAUGAAAGUGAAGCAGCAAGUUCCAAUGCUCUUGGUUGAGAGACAAGCUCUAAAUGAGGCCAUGGAGGGAGAAAAGAAUGGUCAUCAUCACAUGCCAGAGACUAGAGGACUCUGCUUGUCAGAAGAACAGACUGUUACCACUAUUUUACGGAGGCCAAAGAUCGGAGCUGGCUACCGGAUGAUAGACAUGGUAACUGAGCCUCAUAGGCUGAUUCGCCGCUGUGAAGUAACAGCAAUUCUCGUAUUGUAUGGCCUUCCUAGGUUGCUGACAGGGUCGAUUCUGGCUCAUGAGAUGAUGCAUGCAUGGCUAAGGCUUAACGGCUAUCCGAACCUGAGCCCGGAGGUUGAAGAAGGUAUCUGCCAAGUGUUGGCCCAUAUGUGGCUGGACGCUGAGAUGUAUUCUACAUCCAGUAGUGAUGUUGCCUCAUCAUCUACGUCUUCCUCCUCAUCCUCUUCUAGUUCGGCGUCAUCUAAGAAGGGUAAACGGUCUGACUUUGAGAAGAAGCUUGGUGAUUUUUUCAAACACCAAAUUGAGUCGGAUUCAUCAACAGCGUAUGGAGAAGGAUUCAGGAUUGGAAACAAAGCAGUGCUCAAGUAUGAUCUACGGAGGACCCUUGAUCAUAUUCGAUUAACAGGAAGCUUUCCGGUUUGACUUGUGGAGUGAUACAAAGAGUUCAUACCAUACAAAUCCGUACCUUGGCCUUGCCAUAUUGAUUUUAUAGGACAGAAAAUCCAUAUACAUCAUAAGAUAGAGAGAGAGAAGCAAUGGAAAUGCUCACUUCUAUGUGAGUUG